UGUCGAUGUAAAUAAUCAAAUCGACGCUCAAAAUUAGAAUCGACAGCAUUGCACUUUAAUGUCACUGGCUAAAGAAAAAAAUUAUUUUAUUUAUUUGUAAACAAAACAACGCGAAAUAACUUCAAAAAAUCACAAAUUCAAUCAGGAAAAAAUUUCGAAUUCGACACAAUGACAACUGUAAACGAGGACACGGGUAGAAUCCUUUGGUCCACCGAGAGUAAAUACUAUCUGCUGCGUCUCAUCAAAGAGAACAUGAUCAUACUGAAUCCGGACGUUUCCGCCGAAACGAUGGUCAAAAAGGAAAUGGCAUGGAAAAUGAUCGAACGGAAUUUCGUCGACGACGGUAUGCAGUGUCAAUUGUCCAAAUUGAAAAGGCUGUGGAAACGGAUGAAGGAUACGGCGCGACAGAACAUUAUGAAAUACAAUGAUCAGAAGAAGCGCGGCGUUCGAAGUCCGAAACAACCGACCGAUUUAGACACAGAGGUGGCCGACCUAAUCGCUUUCCGAAAUGUGUUGAAGUCGAGACUGAAGCCAAAGAAAAAUUCAAAAAUGAAAAACAAACUGACCCCGAAUCGACCGAUGGUAAAACACGAAAUGGAUGAGGAGGAGGCCGACGACGAUGAAGAGAAAUACGAUUACGAAGAUACCAACGGCUAUCCGAUGGAACCGAUGACCAUUUUGGAAGAAUUGGAAAAUAAACAGCCGACAAUAUCGAAUGUUGAAUCGUACGCGAUUAACGGUCAUCACAACCAACAGCACGCGAACCGAAGUCAAGAUCCGUUGGACGACGAUGAUGACGAAGUCGUCGAUGAAUCGUACAUGGGAUUGGAUGAAACUAUAAAAAUUAGUCGACCAAAAGAUGUGCAGAAAGAGCUGCUGUCCUAUGAACUUAAAUUGCGCGAAUUGCAGCGACAAAACGAAGAGGAGAAAAUGGAAUUCGAACGGGAACUAUUCAGGAAGAGAUCUGCGCUGUUGGACUUGAAAAUGCGUAAAAUUACGCUGGAAUUGGAGGCACUAGAGGAGAACCGGUCAAAGAGUAGCGGUUCCAAUGAAAAUGCUGAAUGAAAUGGAAGUCGAGUCACGAUAGUGGAGUGUGUUAAGAUAAUGAGAAAGAAAAGUUAUUUUUGUAAUCGCCUGAUGACCAGAGUACCGAGACAGGUGGGGCUUUCUUUUGUAUAUAAAUUAACAAACAAAAAAAUGAAUAUGUCAGUCAUAGUGUAUAUUUAUGUGAUGGUCUAAGCGUAACGUACCGAAGAAAAGAUUAAAAACAGAGAAAUCAAAACCCAUUCACUGCACUCCUUCCCGAUCAGAUUUAUGUUUUUUUUUUGUCUUUCCUUUUUGUUUUAGUCACGAUCCAACAAUAUUGGUCCAAGCCUUGCACUAGCACAGUUCUUCAUUUUGAUUUUCAUUUCUUAUUUAUAUCUAACAUCAUGAAAGCCCGAUUUUAUUUCGGCUGUAGAGGAAUGUCGUGUGUCUUUUUUUUAGUACAAUCUACGAUGCUUAGACUGCGAUGAAUGGUUAAAUUAAAUAUAUUAAGACACAAAAUGUACUUGUUUUAAGGUUUUCUGAAUUUGAAAAUAAAUUCUAAUUUGUUGUGA